AUGCUGUAUGUCUGCAUAUCUACUGCGUGGAGAUCGUCGUGGAGUUGUGUACACUGCAAAGCUGGUAGAAGCUCCCUAAAGUGGCCUCUGGGAAAUGUAGUCCGAAGAGCCAUAACGUCUUCUGUUCUCAGAGCAGGAGACAAGGUUACUCCUGUGUUUUCCAGAGCCGUAGCUUACGGCGAAAAGGUGGCCAUUAUAGACCAGAGUGGACACCACAGCUACAACUCCCUUUACAACAGUAGUAGAAGCUUAGCAGGACACAUUAGCCAAGUGCUUGCUUGUCAGUCUGGAGACCUGCAGGGCAGAUGUAUAUCAUUCCUGUGUGGCAAUGAUGCUUCGUACACAGUGGCCCAGUGGGCGACGUGGAUGUGCGGGGGCAUAGCUGUGCCCCUAUACAGGAAACACCCACCGGCUGAGCUGGAGUACAUCAUCUCCGACUCUGAAAGCUCAUUGCUGCUGGCCGCACAGCCUCACGCCGACACCCUGGAGCCUCUGGCCAGGAAACUGGGGCUGCCCUGCCUCAAGCUUCCUCCUACAUCCAGCCUGGACAGCUUACAGGCAGCAGAGUCACCAACGCAGUCCAGCGAAGCCCUCUCUGGUUGGGCAGAAAGGCCAGCCAUGCUUAUCUACACCAGUGGCACAACAGGAAGACCAAAGGGAGUUCUCCACAUGCACAGCAGCCUGCAGGCUAUGGUCCAAUGUCUGGUGAGCGAGUGGGCCUGGAGCAGAGAUGAUGUGAUCCUCCACACGCUGCCCCUUCACCAUGUGCACGGCAUUGUCAAUAAGCUGCUGUGCCCGCUGUGGGUGGGGGCCACCUGCAUCAUGCUGCCCGAGUUUAACCCUCAGAAGGUGUGGGAGAGGUUGCUGAGCUCUAAAGCUCCGAUGGUGACUGUAUUCAUGGCGGUUCCUACAGUUUACUCCAAACUGAUCCAGCACUACGAGCAGCACUUCACCCAGCCGCGCGUGCAGGACUUCAUCAGGGCCGUGUGUAAAGAGAGGAUCCGACUGAUGGUGUCCGGUUCAGCUGCUCUUCCUCAGCCGGUUCUGGAGCGUUGGAAAGAGAUUACAGGUCACGUGCUGCUGGAGCGUUACGGAAUGACUGAGAUCGGCAUGGCGCUAUCCAACCCGCUGAAUGGACCACGCAUUCCUGGUGCAGUGGGCACUCCGCUCCCUGGAGUUGAAGUGCGUAUCGUCAUGACAAACACAACCAGCACUACCAUCGCCGAGGGCAACAGCAAGGUGACUCAGGUGAAGCCUGGUUUGGAGGGCAGGGAGGGGGAGCUGAUGGUUCGUGGCCCGUCUGUGUUUCAGAAGUACUGGAACAAACCUCAGGAGACGGAGGACAGCUUCACCAAGGACGGCUGGUUCAAAACAGGAGACACUGCGGUAUACAAAGACGGAGUCUACUGGAUCAUGGGCCGCACCUCGGUGGACAUCAUCAAGAGUGGAGGCUAUAAGAUCAGCGCUCUUGAUGUAGAGCGCCACCUGCUGGCCCAUCCUGGCAUCACAGACGUGGCUGUCAUCGGAGCGCGGGAUGCCACCUGGGGGCAAAAGGUGGUAGCAGUGGUGCAGCUGCAGAAGGGCAAGACUCUCACUCUUCCUGAGCUAAAGGCCUGGGCCAGAGAGCACAUGGCCCCGUACACCAUCCCCACUGGUCUGAUCGUGGUGGAGGAGAUGCCCCGGAAUCAGAUGGGGAAGGUGAAUAAGAAGGACCUGCUGCGUCAGUUCUUCCCCAGCUAACAUCGCCGCCGCUCGGGAAUCAGUGCUGCAGGAAUCCGUGCUCUUAGCUUGGUUUCAGGUUCAUCCUGGUCUUCAGAGGAACGCUGGGUGGAGAUCAUUGAUCACUAAAGAUCACUGAUGAAGGGAGUAAUGCAUCAGUGUGCAUAUUAAAUCCACUUUCUAGAUAAAAAAACCUUUUUUUUAACCCUUUGUCAAACUCAGCCACUAAAGGGGCUCUAUUAAAUCUGUGGGCCACAGAAAAAAUGUUUCUAUUUCAUAAUAUAUAAUAUAGAAUUAUUGUUGUGCUAUAAUCUCAACUGGCGAUUGGUUAUUAUAUGAAUUACUUGAAAUAUUCAGAGUUUAACUGUCCUCAGGUGCUCGGUCUUUUAAACCUGGACGCCUUUCUUUGCUGCUAGUUCAUUGAGCCUCGGGCUCUAUUUCUAAUCUGCUGGUCUGAUGUUAGGUGUUUAUGCUGGUUGAACUGCAGCUGAAAUGCAUUUAGGUGAUGUGACUGGAGUGGAACUGGGUAGAAUUGUGGUGUUAUCGCUGUCCCAUAGAUUGUUUUCGGACCACACAUUUCAUUGCAGUGCAUGCUGGGGACUGUAGUGCAGUGCAUUGUGAAAGGGGCUAAUAUUAAUAGAAAAUGUAAUUACUUUUGCGGGCCGGAUAGGAUUGUGUCGGGGCCUGAUCCGACCCGUGGGCCGUGUGUUUGACACGUGGGCUUUUAUGAUUACUUCACCUCAUGUUUCACCUCAUGUUUCUCCUUCACCGUGCACAUUUUUUACAAAUGCAACAGAUUUCAUUAUUCUGUUACUGCAAUUGUGAGUAAAAUGUUUUGAAAGUUUGUGAAUCAGUAUGUGUUACAUGCCGAGUUGUUAAUAAUUUGAGGUAUUUCACAAUGUUUGGAGAAACACCUGAGCAUUAAAGGCUUAAAAUAUGA